ACCCUCUGCAUGACACAUAUCAACAAACACCUAGCAUUUCAAUGGACUUUUUAACCAUAUAAUCACAUAGCUGCAGUGGGUUGACAUCUUUAAGAUAACUGACAUUUACUUGUCGUCGUAGCAUAUAAUUCGUAACAGAUACAAUCGUCACCAGUCUUCUUUUAGCUUUAUAAAAAUAUGUUUACAUCACAAACAUCUUCCUUCCAGGAAUCCAUAGACGUGGAUGAAAGGGAAGGAGACUUCGACAACGAAGAGAUCGCUGGAUACAGCCAGAAAAUACAGCAGAUUAACAGUUAUUAUGCUAUAUAUUACUACCAGAGCACGAGAUCUGAAGCUUCUGGAGAAAGUGAGGCCUGGAGCCAGAGGAGAUCAGACUCGACUACAAGUCAGGAUGACUUUAGUCUUACCCUAUUGGAUACCAGUUUGGCACCGGAGGCAGAGCCAGAAUUGCGGAGCUAUAUCUCCCGCAGGUUGAGCAAAGGUGCUCUGCUGGGCGGUAUGGGCAACAUUGCCACUGUUGAACUAAGCAUUCCUGAGCAAGCGGUGGGCUGUUACUGCUGUCUGUUGGAGCAGGAGAAAUCUCCUCAACAGCCUGAAGCUGAUGGCAAUGGCUGGGUGGUGUGUCUUCUUGGAGAUUCAGAGAAGGGCCUGAAUCUAUUUAGAAUUGAACUGGACAAGUAUGUCCAAGGUCUGCAGGGCAGUUUGACCCUAGAGAUGCUAAAUUUGGAGACUCAUAUAAGACCUUAUCUGAACUGCUGGUAUGAUGAGUCAGUGAUGCAUAUUCACAGAGUGGUUCUGCUGUUGCAGGCGAAUGUUGGCUACCUUCUGCAUGCUGCUUUGAGUCACAAGCUUGUGGAAGUCACAGGGGCAGAUGAGAGGACAAAAGCAGAUGUAGCAAGAUUUAUUAAAGCAGCAAGCCUGCAGGGUCUAGUCCAGGAGGACACAACCACGGCUUCACUGUGUAAGGCCAUGUCGGAGGACUCCAACACCAAUCUGAUCAUCAACUGCUCCACCAGCCCACCCACACUCACUAAUACAGUCAGUAACCGGUUCUGUGACGAAUGGAUUCAGGCCUUCCUCAAUGCAGCUGAACGCUUUAACCCUUUCCUCCUCCGUCAGAUCCUGGAGAACUUCAAACUGAAGGCUAUUCAGGACAUGAACAACCUGAAGCGUUUCAUUCGUCAGGCUGAAAUGAGUCACUACGCUUUAUUCCGCUGCUGUCUGUUCCUUCAGAACUGUGGAAAUGGAGAUGUGCUGCUCCAGAAUGCACGAGCCGAGCACAGCAGCUUUCCUGAAGCCUGUGGUAUCAUAAAUGUACUGGAGGAGUUCCUCAGUGAGCAGGCACAGGGCAUGCUGUACUGACAGCUUUAGGCCUGAAGAGGGCCACAGUGUUUUAUACUUUAUCCAGUCUGAGAGCACUUUGUAAACAGUUGGCCCUGAAUUGCUCUUCAGUCCCCAUACCUAAAGCUAUUAAAGAUGGCCAUAUUGAGUAAUUUAAACUAACUUGAAAACACUAAAUAUAGUCCAUCUUUUUGUGUGUAGAUGUUCAUGAGAAAAGGUCGAAAAUGAAUUUGCUGUGAUUCACUGCUUUAUGUUAUUGUAGGUGCUUUAACACUUGCUGAAUUGUGAAUAAUUAGAAACAGAUCCUGUGUAAUGGACCAACUGAAAAUACUAUGUGAGAAAACGUAUGUAUAUGUUAAUUCAGUAUUGUUUAUAUGUGAUACCUGAUUCUAAUAUUUAGUCUAAGCUGUACAGUAGUCAACCAUUACAUAGGAAAUUUUUGGGUUAGUUGAAUAUUUAUGAUUUUAAAAUACAUGAUUUUUUUUAAAUAAAAUUUGUUUACCAAAUAACUCAAAAUCUUUAAUCCUAGUAAUAAUACCAAAUUAAUUGUAUAAAUACUAAAGUCAGAUGUAUAUAUAAUGAAGGCAAAAAGUGUGUGCUUUGUAAAAAACAUUUAUGGUAUGUAUAUACUGAUCAAUGUGUAUAGAAUGUGUGUUUCCUAAAAAAUCCAUUUCUUGUUCAGAUGCAUGACAAUUUGUGCCGCAACAUUUAUUUUU